ACAUCACGACAAAUAAAUAAAAAAGCGAAAAAAUUCCACGGAUAUCGGUUAUCGCCAGGGAGGGAGGAGAGGACUGGAGAGCAGAUGGGAAGUGGAGCGAGCAGAUGAGCGAUGAUGGAGUUGGUUUCUUUCCCGCCACAUCCAAUGCGGCAAUCUCUCAGUCACAAGGAUUUAGGAAGUUGUUCUUUCCAAUCCUCUUCAUUUCCGGGUAGUUUUGUCAGGUUGCCUAUCGAAUUGAGGCCUAAAUUUCCAUCAUGGAAGCAACACCAGUCAUGUACAUUGACAAUCAGAAACGACCAUCCCCAGAAUGCAGAUUUUCCAAGGUCAUACUCAAAAAAGGAGAAAAAACCAUUCCCAACACCUAUUGUCGAGCUAAGGAGGGCUGCCAGGGAGAGAGCCAAAAACAGGAAAGGCCAACCUAAAGGAUCAACUCCUCCUCCAAAGAAUGGGCUGCUUGUUAGGAGCUUGAUCCCCGUGGCAUAUGAUGUCUUCAAUGCUAGGAUCAGAUUAAUCAACAAUCUCAAGAGACUCUUUAAAGUGGUGCCUGUGCUUGCCUGUGGCUGGUGUGAUGAGAUCCAUGUAGGACCUGUAGGACAUCCAUUCAAGUCGUGUAAAGGUCAGCACUCGUCCUUCCGAAAAGGACUCCAUGAGUGGACCAAUGCCGUGGUUGAAGAUAUUUUGGUACCAAUUGAAGCUUACCACCUUUUCGACCGCCUAGGAAAGCGUAUCCCUCACGAGCAGAGAUUCUCAAUUCCUCGAAUCCCAGCAGUAGUUGAGCUCUGCAUCCAAGCGGGGGUUGAAAUUCCUGAAUUCCUCACAAAAAGGAGGAGAAAACCCAUAAUCCGAAUUGGGAAGAAAGAAUUUAUCGAUGCAGAUGAGAGCGAACUUCCUGAUCUUGUCCCUGAGCCUCCUCUUCAACCGUUACUGACUGAAACACCCGAUUCAGAAAUAGUCCCACCGGUCAAUGAAGAAGAGAAGCUCACAGUGGCAGAGGAAACCUUAGAGGCAUGGGAGAAGAUGAGACGAGGUGCCAAGAAGCUGAUGAGGAUGUACCCUGUCAGGGUCUGUGGGUACUGCCCCGAGGUCCACGUGGGACCGAGCGGGCACAAGGCCCAGAACUGUGGAGCCCACAAGCACCAGCAGAGGAAUGGGCAGCACGGGUGGCAGGCGGCGGUCCUUGACGAUUUGAUCCCUCCAAGGUAUGUGUGGCAUGUCCCAGAUGUUAGUGGGUCGCCGUUGAGGCAAGAACUUAGGUCUUUCUAUGGGAAGGCCCCUGCAGUGGUGGAGAUCUGUGUGCAGGCUGGAGCCAUAGCGCCGGAGCAGUACAGGCCCACCAUGAGGUUGGAUGUCGGGAUCCCUUCCAAUAUUCGGGAGGCUGAGAUGGUAGUUUGAGUUAGGUAGUUGCACUUUCCUGUAGCUUAUGUAUGAGAAGUAAACGAAGAUGGAAUGCUUCGGGAAAUUGUCUUGAGAGAAGAAUACAGUGAGAAGGCUACUUGUUUAUUGCGGUCGGAGAAGUUCCGGUUGGUAGAAAACAUUCAUUAGAAUGUCGGUUUGAUAGAUCAGUCCGAAGGUGUACAUUAUGCUGUUCGUUGAGGGUUCUCGACGGCAGCCAUUCAUCCGUUUUCUCCUCUGAUUGGAUUUAUCAAGGAUUUUUGUAAUGUUUAUUUCUCAAUCAAACUAAGCCGAAUUGGAAUGUCAGUUUCGGCCAAAGUUUUGCUUA